GAAAGGUCCAGGUCCCGAGGGACAUCUCCAGCCAGCACCUCUGGCCCAGGCUGCCUCGUGGCAAACCCACUCGACUUCUGCCCCGCGGCCAGCGGCAGCCGCGCUCCCCCAGACCCUCCCCAGGCACGCAAGUGGUCGCAGCCGUCCUGCUGGGCCCCCGCGGGCAGCGGCGGGACGGACCCCCGGCUGCUCCAAGCACCCCGAGGGGACCCUGGGCACCCUCUUCUGGCCGGGUGGCUCUCCCCGGGGUCUGAACCCCUCGCGCCCCCGCGCGUCCUUCUUUGUUUCUGAGCCGGCUCUGAACGUGAUGUAACGAGGCCAGACUCGCGCGGUGCUUUCUUUCCCUCUUUCCCAGACUAAGUCCUUCCUCCCUCCAGCGCCCGGCGCCCCGUGCGCAGAGCCGGCGCCAGGCCGUGCUGCUACUCCGCUCCCAGAGCUCCGGAGACCGACGGGCACUGUCGGGAAGGACGCGCUCCCACGUCCCACCUCCUGGAUGCAGAGUCAGUGGGCAAAGCCAGGCUUUCCUUCCAGAAACAAGGGAGAGAGCCGAGGGGACAGCUGUUGUGGAGGUUUCUAAGGAGACUCGGCCUGGCUUCUUUCCCCGCUCCUGGGAGACGGCAGGAAACCUCAGAAGAGAGAACCACUGCUCUCUAACCAGCAAGCAGCCCCCAACCUGGAUGGAGUGAAAGAUGCGGCCUGAUGACAUAAACCCGAGGACUGGGCUGGUGGUGGCUCUGGUCAGUGUCUUUCUGGUCUUUGGCUUCAUGUUCACCGUCUCUGGGAUGAAAGGAGAGACUCUGGGAAACAUCCCCCUCCUGGCCAUCGGGCCAGCUAUCUGCCUACCAGGCAUCGCAGCCAUUGCCCUGGCCAGGAAAACUGAGGGAUGCACCAAGUGGCCUGAAAAUGAGUUGCUAUGGGUCCGCAAGUUGCCCUGCUUCCGGAAAUCCAAGGACAAGGAGGUGGUGGAACUGCUGAGGACCCCUUCAGACCUGGAGUCAGGCAAGGGAAGCUCAGAUGAGCUGGCUAAGAAGGUGGGCCUCAGGGGGAAGCCUCCCUGCCAGGGGCAGACAGAGGUGCCUGUGGCCAGUUCCAUCACCACCCCUACACGCCCGGAAGGAGAAUGCCAGAGCCUGGUCCAGAGUGGGCAUCAGGAGGAGACAUCUAGAUACCUGGAUGGCUACUGUCCCUCAGGCAGUUCCCUUGCCUACAGUGCCUUGGAUGCCAAGUGCUCAGCCUGGGACCGAUCUGAUUGCCCUGAGCCUGAGGACAGCAUCUUCUUUGUGCCCCAGGACAGUAUCAUCGUUUGCUCCUACAAGCAGAACAGUCCCUAUGACAGAUACUGUUGUUACAUCAAUCAGAGCCAAGGCAGGUGGGACCACGAGACAAUAGUCUAAGCUUUGCAUACAAGAGUUGCUGUGUUGAUAGAAACGUGACUACAUUCAGCUUCCAGGGGAAGGAAAUUACCCUGCUCCAACAGCCUAAAAACUGUUAGAAAUUGACUUGGUAUGUGGUGGGUUUGCAAACCCCGGGUGCCUGAGAGCCAUGUAAAUAGGCAUGUUGGGGACACAUUUUAGGGAAGGGUGAUGAGGGUUAAGGACACUGUAAGAGGCAGUGGGUAGGAGAGGAAGCAGUUCUAAUUGCUUUUUAAUAAUUAAACCAUAUUGGAUGUUUUGUAAAAUGACCCAGAAAGUGCUAAAAUCAAGAUAAAUCUAGAGUGGGCUACAGAUAUCAGCCAUGAAAUGAUACAUAGACUUGCCAUAGGGAAACUGAGCUGCUUUAAGUCUCAAUAAAUUGAAAGACAAAACAAGUUAGUGCUUCAUUAUGUGAAAAGAUUUUUGUCUAGUGAAAGCUUUUCAUACUUAUUUGCUGAAAGAAGAAAAGUCAAGAUAGAAAAGCUACUCCAUCCUAGGUGGGAUGGUUUUUGGAGAAAGGUUAGUUAAAGGCAGUUGAAUUAUCUAAUUGAGUUUUAUGAUAUUACUCUCUGACAAAAUCAGAGAUUUCAAAUAAAAUAAAUUAAGUGUGACCAGCUAGGUAAAAAACUAACAUUUUUAGAUAGCUAUGUAACUUCUUAAACUCAUUUAAAUUGAUUUACUGGGUCUUUAUCUUAAGUGUUUUUUAAUAUAUACUAUCAUUCAUGUAUAAUUUCCUCAUCAGGUGCAAAAUGACUUGAUGUAAUAUUUUCAUAGAUUAGAAUUUGUGUUUAUCAAGUCAAAAUGAGUUUUACAUAUGUAUUCAAGUGUUUUUACAUUUCUGGGAGUUCUGGUCAUAACUAUUCCUAUAUGUCUUUUAAAAUCUGAAAACUAUGAAGUCAAUACAUUAGUCUUGAACUUUAUGCAGAAUUUACAUAAAAUGCAAUGGUUAAACUUAUGGAAGUGUCAUUAUUUUUACAUUUAUUCAACAUUCCCAAAGACUAUAAAUGCCAAUGAAACGAGAGUUAAUCUACUAGAUUUAACUAAAACUCAGUUUUUAUUAAGUUCACCUAAUCAGUGAGUGUUGCAUGACAGAAGUCUGCUUUAUUUCAUAAUUAAUUUUUUGCUGCUGAAGGAAAAAGGCACAAUGGGAUCCUAAAAUGUAUUUUCUGUUUAACUUCCUUAACUGUAAUAGAUAAGAGGGCAACUAGCCAGAAUGCCAUUUGAGAAAUAUUGAAAAGAAAUGUUGAAUUAUAUAGAGAAAUCAUGGUAUAUUUUUCAUCUUGAAGAUCAGAAUAUUUUGCAUUCUUCACAGAAUGAUGAUUUAUUUUUAAUGAUCAGAUAGUUUCAGCCACUUUCUCCCAAAGGGGAAACUGAGGACAAAAAUUCUAGUCAUACCCCUUUUGUAUAUUUUGGGUCCAAUUCUGCAAGUCUUUAAGUGCAGCAAUCAUUCAGUCUUAAGAAUCAUGCCCUUAAAAAUCACAAUUUCCAAAUCAAUAUCAAAAGAGUAUGAUUUUUUUUAGUAGGGCUUAAAUGUCAGAAAAUAAGAUGUGUGAUCCUGGGCAAAUUUUAUCUUCUUAUACCUUAGUUCUCACUCCUCAGAAAUCAGGGAGGAGUGGGACGGACUUAUACUAGAGUAUGUCUAUCGUUCAUUCCUAGUUUGAAUAUUCUAUGGCAUCAUGUCAAAGACACUUUAGAUAAUGCCAGGGAAUGAGUUACAGCAAAAUGCAUGCCAGAGUUAUGCAAUUCAUGAUAAAAAUUAUGUGACAUGGAUUGAGUUCUUACUACUACUCAAAAGAAUUUUGUAGAUGUAUGAAAGUAGAUUGGUUUUAUUGCCAAAUAUUAUUUAUUCAACAAAUACAUUUCUGAAAAUAAAAUGAAGAUGUUAAUUAAGAAUAGUUUUUUUAUGUUACUAUAGCCCCCAAAUAAUUCAAUACAUACCUUUGCAGUAAAUGUAAUUUACUUUGGAUUUGGCAUGGAGGGAAAAUAGUUUCCUAAAAUCACAAUACCUCUUAAUAAUUCUAGGGCAUUUUGAAAGAUGAAAAUCAUGUUUCAGUGAAGGUGAAAAUUAAUGGCUAACUCUCUCCAGAAUAAAACUUCUAAUUUGAAGGGAAAAAACCCUUUCUAAUCUGCUUGCCAUUUGUAGACAUCUUCAGGGAUGAAGAGAUAGCAAGAUAUCAGAGAGGGAUAUUCACAGAAACUCAGCAAAUCCUAUACAAGGUCUGAAAAGAGAUGUUUGUAGUGUUAGGUAUGGUAUAAGGUGUAUAAAAGUUACUUUUCUAUAUCUUUUAGAUCAUCUCAAAACCCUUGAUAUCACACACACACAUACACACACACACACACUCCAAUGUCCAAGUCCUAAGUCAAUUACUAGUUUAGAAAUCUAAGAUAUUUGAUCACACUUUCAAGUUUAUUUCAGAAGAAACUUAACUUCAGUCUUCUUCUUCCAUCCACCUACUUAAAAUACUUAAAGUAUCUAAAUAUGCUCUAGAGGGAAUUUUCUGCAGUGCUAAAAUAAUGGUUUGCAAAUGUGGACUGGGUGACUUAACUUUGAUCAGAAAGAAUAAAAUGUGUGAUUGUGUGUGUGAAUUUUUAAACAUCAUAUAUUAAGUAACCCCCUCCUAAUAUAAAGGAAGGUAGCCUAGUGCCCCAAAUCAAGACUUGUUAAGUACUAUUCAGAGGAAACACCCAUUCUGUUGAACAGAAGUGGAAGAGAAGGAAAACAAGGUGACAAAAGUGAGCUUGUUAGAGGAAAACAGCAGCUCACUCUAGUCAAGUUAGCAAAUUGUUGAUAUUAGUAUAAUAGACAUGGGGGAUCCCUGGGUGGCGCAGCGGUUUGGUGCCUGCCUUUGGCCCAGGGCGUGAUCCUGGAGACCCGGGAUCGAAUCCCACGUCGGGCUCCCGGUGCAUGGAGCCUGCUUCUCUCUCUGCCUGUGUCUCUGCCUCUCUCUCUCUCUCUCUGUAUGACUAUCAUAAAUAAAUAAAAAAAUUUUAUUAAAAAAAUAUAUAUAAUAGACAUGAAGACUAUUCCCUGUAUCCUUUAAGGGUUUUCAGACAGACAUAAAUUAAAGUGGGUACUAGUUAUUUUUUAACUUGCUGUUAAUCCAGAGUCAUUUCAACUUGGUUUUAAAUAGGCAUUUUAUUUUUGAAAUUAUUUCUAUUGAUUUUUUUCUUGUUCAAUAUUCCUAUUUAUUAUGCUCAUGGGUUCUUUUUUUCAAACUGUUCCUUGAUUUUAUUUUUGGGUUUUUUGUUUUUGUUUUUGUUUUGUUUCUUGAUUUCAAAGUGUGGAUUUAGCCAAGAUACCAAAGCUGGAGCAUUUUUAGACAACUGUUUCAAGAUUUAGUUUCUAUUAUGAUCACGGUAAACAAAAUCCAGAUAUAGUUAGGUGCAGACUCUCUUCCAAACCCUACUAAUAAUCUCCUUUGGAAAUGUUUUCAAUACUAUGGAUCUUAAUACCCACUAUGCUGGCACAUGUAGUUAAGGAAAAUUCAUUCUUUUGAAUGUUUUUCCCUUUUGUAAUAUCCAACCUCUAUUUAUUACUCUCUCCCCUCUGCACCUGUAGCAUCACUUACUCAGUGAAUUCAUUGUUACUAUUACUUUAUAACAUUAAAGAAAUUUUUUUUGAAAAUCCACAGGCCCACUAUCCUAAUGGAACUACUAUAUUUCAACUUUAGCAUAUUAUCCUCCAGGAUUCCCCCAAAUGUACUUAAAUAUUAAAAUUGUGUGUUUUUCUUUUCUCUUUUAUUUAUAUGCCAAGUAUGUUUUCAUGUUUUUAUGCAGUGUUCCUGAUUACCAUUUAACAAUUGUGUAAUAUGCCAUUUUCAAAAGGUACCAUAAUUUAACAUGCUAUUCCUUAUUGCUAGCCAGAUGACAUAUUUUAUGGAUGGUUUUGUAUGUUUUUUUCUAUUGUUGGUAACACAGCUACAUUAUUUGUCAUUCGCCCAAAGAGAUGACCAUUUACAAUUGAAAAGCUGUCUCCUUAUGGAUGAGAGUAAGGGGACAGAAAUGUGUAAAUGAAUCAAACCCUUGACAUUGUUGGUUUUCUCUUGACUCGUGGGCAAGACAUAGAGUAAGGGCCAAAAUAAUGCUUCUACAAAAAGGUCCCCCCUUUGGGACCAGAGCCAGUAUUUUUAAGAAUGAGAUGGAGCCCAUAUUUUUAAGAGUAAGAUGAAACAUUUCCUCAGUUAAGAUACCACUAGUGUAUAUCUCAAAAUCAGUUUACAGAGGUGUCAAUUUUCAAAAGCAUAAUGUUGAACAAGAAAAAUGGAAACCAGAUGUAGACAAUAAUUACUUUGUAACAUUUCAAAAGCAUUUUAUUUAAGUAUCUCACCAUUUAUUUUAUAAUAUAUUUAAUAUGUAUGUAUACUGUUACCUAGAACUGGAAUUUCAGGAACUCAACAGACUCUAUCCAUGAGUUUUCUGUUUCUUCCUCAAUGGAAAGAAUGAAUUGAAGAUGGAGUUAUAGACAAAUGCUUGGCUCAACCAGAUAUCUCAAUAAAGGACUGAAUUUCAUUCA